ACCACCAUAUAAAAUCCACAGAAGAAGAAGAAGAGGACGAAGAACACAGUUCCUGUGCUGUGGCUGGUUCUAAGAAACACACCUACCAUGAUGGAUAUGGUGCAGGACUGAAACAGAAGCCAGAGGAGAACGACAGACAUCAACCCCUCAUGCCUCAGACACACCCACAUUUUACAUUUGUAUUAUAACCUAUUUUAUUCUGUCAGUCUCUGUUAAGGGCCCAAGGCCUCUUACACUCACCCAAAGGCCCCCAGUGUCCCAGGACUCCCCUGUAGUAUGUACCAGAUAGUGCCGGGUGGUCCAGGGGAUCACAGUACAGCUCCUGUGGGCCCUGGGUCCCCUCUGAAGAGGAAGCUGGGACUUGAUCGUCGCCCUCUGGUGGUGGCUGGUAUGUUAGGCUGUAUGCUAGUGCUAGCAGCAGUGGUUUCCUGGUGUUACUACUCUGUAUCGCUCCGGAAAGCCCACCUGCUGAAGGCUGAACUGCUAGACCUCCAAGGGGAUGGAUUCACCAUUCGCAACCAGGCUGGGGCGGUCAUAUUCACUAUGGCCUUCAGGUCUGGGACCUUGGACCUGAACUCUUGUUCUAAGGAUGGCGACACCCUGAGCUGCAGCCAAUCAGAUUCAGGCAAGAUCAACUUCUUCAUCCAGACGGUUGCCCAGAAGUCCGUAGUUAUGUGCUACCGCGUGCGCUGGGAGGAGCUAGAACACGAAAAUUCCGUGGAACAUGCCAUGGCCAUGACCAACGGCUCGCAUUGGUACGGAGGGGCGGAGGGGCUGGUACGAAGGGGCUGGCCAAUCAGCAUCCAGGGCCGGGAAGAGCCACGCCCCUUCAUUACCAGCGACGUCUACUCCAGUCGGAACGGUUUCGGGGGGAUCAUCGAACGCUAUUGGCUGUCUUCGAACGCUACGGCGAUUAAGAUUAAUGACUCUGUACCGUUCCACCUGGGCUGGGAUGAGCAGGACCGGACGCUGAGGUUCCAGGCUCGUUACCAGGAAUCUCCCUACAGGCCAGCCCCGGGACAGCGCCCCCUACCGGAACUCAGCUACAGAGUGUGUGUGGGCGCUGAUGUCACCUCUAUACACAAGUACAUGGUGCGUCGCUACUUCAACAAGCCCAACAAGGUGCCAUCAGCAGAGGUGUUCAGGCAUCCCGUGUGGUCCACUUGGGCAAUCCAUAAGAACUCCGUGGACCAGGACAAAUUGCUCCGCUACGCCAGCGACAUCACCGCCCACGGCUUUUCUUGCUCACACUUGGAGCUUGAUGACCGCUACACGACCAGCUACGGAGAGUUCGACUUCGACCCACAGAAAUUCCCCAACGCCACCGGCAUGUUCAAGAAGCUACGAGAGGAUGGCUUCCUGGUUUCGUUGUGGACGCACCCGUUUGUCAACUACGACUCUGUGAACUUUGGCAUCGGGGUGGAGAGAGGGCUGUUCGUACGCGCGCCGGACGGUGAACUCCCCGCGUUAGUGCGAUGGUGGAACGGGAUUGGCGGGAUCCUGGAUUUCACCAACCCCGAAGCCCGCGAGUGGUACUCCUCCCACCUCCGCUCUCUCAAAACCCUCUACGACGUGGUCUCCUUUAAGUUUGAUGCCGGGGAGACCAGCUAUCUCCCUCUGCAGUUCAGUACUCUGAAUCCGCUCCAGGACCCGUCGACGUUCACACGGCGCUACACAGAGAUGGCGGCCCCCUUUAAAGAGCGUGCAGAGUUGAGGGUGGGCUACCAGAGUCAGAACAUCUCCUGUUUCUUCCGGAUCAUCGACAGGGACUCUGUGUGGGGUUAUGAGCUGGGACUCAAGUCGAUCAUACCGACAGUACUUACCAUCAGUAUCCUGGGCUACCAGUUCGUCCUACCUGAUAUAAUCGGAGGGAACACCUAUCCUAACCGCACCUCCGGGAGUGUUGGGGACCCAGGUCUACCAGACAGAGAGCUGUACAUCCGCUGGCUCGAGAUGUCUGCCUUCAUGCCUGCCAUGCAGUUCUCUAUACCACCCUGGGCUUACGACAGUGAGGUGGUGGCGAUAGCCCUCAAGUUCACGGCACUCCACGAGUCCCUGGUGGCCCCCAGAGUUUUAGAACUGGCGGGGGAGGUCCUCAACACGGGAGACCCAAUCAUACGGCCCCUUUGGUGGAUCGCCAAUGACGACGAGGCGGCAUAUAAGAUCGACUCCCAGUUCCUGAUCGGGGAUGACCUGAUGGUGGCUCCAGUACUAGAGCCUGGGAAGCAGGAGAGAGAUAUCUACCUGCCCGCUGGGCGCUGGAGGAGCUACAAGGGAGAACACUUUGAUAAAGGACCCAUGCAUCUGACUGAUUAUCCUGUGGAUCUGGAUGAGAUCGCUUACUUUACAUGGGUGGAUUAGGACAGAGGACAGUAUAUAAUGUAUACACACACAUGAACAAGGGAGUAUAUACACUGUAGAUCAGUGGUCACCAAACGGUCGAUCACGAUCGACUGGUCGAUCUUCAAAUCAUUCCUAGUCGAUAACCAAACAUUUCUGUAGGAAAGCCAAUGAUAAAGGCCUGCGCUCCUUUUUUUUUUUUUGCACUGUUGGCAGUAGGUGCACUUGAUUCAGAAGCCCUGCAAACCGGGUAAGCAAAGUGUUCCCAUUUUGAACCAUUGAAUUUGUCUGAAAAGACAAACUCCGCCUUCCCGGCAGACCGGGCGAUCUGUGGCUAAAUCAAGUGCGCCUACUGCGCUGGCCAAUCGGAUAACUCAAAUCACUGUGCCUACCUACAGCUUCUACGAUCAAAGCCACAGCGAAGUUUGAUACUAGCCUACGUGAGAUUUCAUAACUUUUAAAACCAUGACCAGAGAGAGACUGUCAAAGAAUACAUCAGAGUUGCUGUUUGUCUACGUUUUAUUCAGCACUGUCUACACUGUUUUUAUUCAACAAUAUUACAAAACAUAAAACAUGCUUCUCUCUACUUCCACUCGCGCCGCAGCGGCAAUGAAUGAGUAGCCAAGUGUAUCGAUAGCUUCCGAUACAUACUCCCACAGUUUGUAUGGUAAUGCACGUUAGUUUAACCUUAAUUCUCUGUUAUGGUAUCGUGUUUGUUAGACAUUUAAUAAUCUAACUUUUUGUUGUCCUGUUUUAGAGCUCUAAAAUGUCUGUCUUGAGUUCUUUGACAACAGGUUGAGAAUGUUUGUGUCAACAGACUUGCUGCCAGUGAUCAUGAAAGUGCCAAAACCUUGUCCCAGGUUUCUCUUCCUAAUAUGGAUGUCUUGGGAUGGAUUUAAUGUUGAUGCAUGUGUUGUUGUUCAUUGGUACUGUAUGUGUAUAGUCCAUUUGACCUUAGUAAUCAGUGAACGUUCUCAGAGAUGCUGAUCCAUGUUCCGACCUUGUCUUUAUUCGCCUCAAGAAGAAGUACAAGAAGAAAUAGAAUACUUUAAGCUAUUUGCCUUACUAUAAAGCUAUUAUUCCAGUGAGCAUUAGUAUGAUUUGCGGGGAAAAAAACUGCUAUUCUUGUCACAUAUGCAACCUUCAGAUGUAACAUCUGCUGGAUGUGCUUUUGGUACUUUGAACGGUUAGCUCUCUUAAAUAAAUAAUACACUCAAAAACAAUAUAAUGCAAAACGCAUCAUCAAGGCAGUACUGGACUGAAAGUGCUCUAUCUUGAAAACUUGACUGCUGACAUGGGGGAUUGUAUUACAAGUGGAAUAAUGGACAGAAUAAUAAGAGUUUUUGAGUGUAGUAAUCCUUUAACCAGGCAGUGCUCUGCAUUCGCUGAUCUAUUUUUACACCAGUUUUGUGUCCAGAGUCUCUUGACUAAUAUUUGUAGCAUGCACAACUUUUAUAUAUUGCACAACUAAAUCAAUUAUAACCUUGUGAAGGGAUAAAUAAGGGAUGAUGUGGAAAGCACAGAAGAUAAAUGUUUGGACUCAUAAUGCAGCUAGUAAUUUAUGCUUCCGUAAUUUUACAAUUGUGCGUGCGUGUUUUGCUCAAUUCCUAAGAAAGUAUGUAAAUUCCAUCCAUAUGUGCCAUACUACUGUACUAUAAACAGCCCUGCUGUUGGGCAAGGAAUCAUAACAAAUAAAAAACUGAAAUAUCACAUUUA